CAAAAACACGGCAUGAAGAAAUCGAUAGCCUGCGGCGCAUGUCGUUCCUCCAAGCGUAAAUGCAUCCACUCGGGCGGGCCACCCUGCAGUCGAUGCCGCGACCGCGGCGAUGAGUGCAUCUUCCCUCCCAAGGGCACCUCCUUCAUCUUCCGACGGAGUCGUCUUGAGCGUCAUGGACGUGAGCAUGAGAGUGCUUCACAGCUGGCCGUCAGGGGCCAGGCCCGCUCGGAAGAGUGGCUGGCUGCCCGGUCAAAGACGUUGGCUGCGGUGGACGCCUUCGAGUUUCUAACCGACGAGGUCAAGAACAGCUAUCUACGGUGUUCCUACAAGUGGUCUUUUCACCAUAUCCCCAAUCUUCUCAUAGGGAUACGUGAGAAGACGCUCGAUCCUCUGCUUGUUUGGGCUAUGCUGGCAAUCACGGUGAGAUUCUCCCAGGCCGCUCCUCCAGGGUACUCUAGCCAGGUCGAGGCCAGCAACACAUUUGCUACUCAUGCCCGAUCAAUGGUGUUGUCAUUAGUCGACCAACCGACUGUCCAUCGAGCCCAGGUCCUCCUCAUGCUGACCGGCCAUUCCUGGGGCGCCGGUGAGGGCAGACGGGCGUGGGUAUACCUAGGCAUGGCCGUCAGAAUGGCUCAGGUCUUAGGUCUAUUUGAAGAGCCGACAUCCGUAACGACUCGCGACGACUUCAUCGCCGCCGAGGAGAGACGACGCACAGCAUGGACCUGCUUCCUAAUGGACAGCCUUCUCAGCGGAGGUAAAGGCCGAGAUAGGAUGCUCUCGGCCGACAAGAUGCGGAUACAACUUCCCUGCGAAUCCGACAGCUUCAACUUUGGAGAGCUAGUCAUCUGCGAGAGGCUAGACGGCUCAUUGCCCGAAGGACCCCGGCUGGGCGAGCAAGGGAACCUCGGCAUCGUCGCAUAUAGCAUGAGGGUCGCUGAUAUAUGGGGUGCCGUUGCGAAAUGGGCCUGCACACCACAUGACAACAAUCAACCACCCUGGCAGCCUCAAUCCGACUUUCAGUACCUGCUCUCGCGGCUAAAUGUGUGGAAGGACUCGUUGCCCAAGCGGUUACAGUAUGAGCUGUUCCUGUUAAGGGCCCAUAGUGUGUCCAACCAGGGUCAGGCGUACUGCUACAUGCACUGCAUCUACUUCAUGAGCGUCAUCUUCCUCUAUCGGUCAUAUCUCCCCGAAGUGGAGAUGCAAAAGGCGAGAGUAGGCGACCAAGAGUGGGAUCAAUGGUCAGCAUGGUCGAGCAAGGAGUUAGUCGAGGUAGCCGAGCAGGUCUGCGAGAUGCUCCAGGAGAUGCGUGCCUUUGGCCUCUACUUUCUACGGGGUCUGGUUCCGUGGAUUGGCUUUACCAUCUACACGGCAGUAGGGACGAUGCUGUAUUUCUACCACUUCCCCAAUCCCGGCGAUACACCACAUCAGAUUGAGCGGAGGCGCGAGCACAUCGUUGAGGGAUUGCUGUUUCUCAAGGAUAUGCGACAAGCGUGGCCUAUGGCAGAUACCUGGCGAGAAAAGAUCAAAGCGAUGCAAAUAUUUUACACCAACAUCAAAGCCGAAGGAGACCAAGCAGUAACACCAGGCGAGAGGAGAGAAAUGCGAAACGCAAUCAUCGACUACGGAGCCCUACAGCCCGACCCCGUCCGACAACCCGACGCCGAGAGCAACGACGAGCAGAGCGCAACAGACGGCGAAAACGACGCUGCCCCUACUGCCGUGGACUUUGCGCCAGAUCAGCUCAACUUUAUCGCACCAGCCGACAUUGACCUGUUUGACACCAACUUUGAGUUUGGAAGCAACAUGCACGCGACAUUUGCGGAUACAACGCAGGGCUUCUGGGAGAGCUUCCCGGGAAGCAUGGACAUCCAAGGCGACAUGGGAGGCGAGUAG